AUGGAAAAGCUUGCUGCUCUAGUGAUUUGCUGGUUGGCAAUGGUGAUGCCAAUGGGUCAAUGCAGUAUUGAAGGGCCCGAGGAAGUUUAUAAUUGGUUCCAUAAGCUUCCUUACGCAGAAGAGAAGGUAAGCAAGCUCCAUUUCUACUUUCAUGACACGCUUUCAGGGAAGAACCCAACUGCAGUGCGGGUUGCCCAAGCAUCCGGCAGUGCUAAAUCGCCCACCUUUUUCGGUGUAGUUUUCGUUAUUGAUGACCCAUUAACAGAGGGGCCCGAAGCCACAUCCAAAGAGUUGGGUCGGGCUCAAGGAUUGUAUGGGUCAGAUGGGAAAGAAGAAGUGAGUCUACUUAUGGCCAUGGACUUUGUUUUCACCAGUGGUAAGUACAACGGAAGCUCUCUUACCGUAUUGGGCAGGAAUCCAGUGUUUCAUCCACUCCGAGAGAUGCCGAUCAUAGGCGGCACAGGUGUUUUCCGAUUGGCACGUGGGAUUGCAACAGUCAAAACACGUUCACUAAACACCACCACUGGUGACGCCAUCGCCGAAUACCAUGUUGUAGUGAUUCAUUAUUAA